CAAAGAUGACGACACCCGCACGAUGCUAUUGGGCGACCCGAAUCACGUGCCCUGCGAGCGGUGCUUCGAUGCGAAGCAGGGAGCGCACUCGCGUCGUCUGCUCAGCGGUGCGGCCGCGUCGUCUGCUGGGGAUCGUCGAGCAGGCGAUUUCAACGAAUAGCAAGGAGCAAGAAAAAUAGUGGAUAAAAGGCGGCAACUGACAAAUCAACUCGGGGAAAGUAUUAGGACCUCGCGCAAACCAACAUCUUUCGCUUUUGCGGUGAGAGGUUUCAAGCUUAAGCAACAGGUGCGUGCAGCUGAAUGCGCGCCUCUUGGCCCAUUGCGAACUACGUGCUCUCGAGUCCUCGCUAGAACAGACACGCUGCCUCAUUUCGCAUGGCGGAAACAGACGAAAAUUCGCCUCUGGCGGGCGAGCCAAAGGCGUCGUUGGUCAACGAAGGUGGCUGCAACGCGGCUUCUUCUGAUCGGCACGAGCAGCAUUCGUCAUCGGCCAACAACUCCGGUUCUCAGGCCGUGACGGAAGUCUGCUUGACUCCCCGCUCCGACGCCAAGGAUGCGACGGACAGUUUGGGCCGGAAGUCCGGCGACAGAGAAGUAUGGGGCAAGAAGGCCGAUUUCCUCCUGUCCGUGAUUGGAUUUGCCGUGGACCUGUCCAAUGUGUGGCGCUUCCCCUACCUCUGCUACGCCUACGGCGGGGGCGCGUUCCUGGUGCCGUACCUGAUCAUGCUGGCGGUGGGCGGCAUUCCCCUCUUCUUCAUGGAGCUCGCUCUCGGCCAGUACCACCGCAAGGGCGCCAUCACCUGCUGGGGAAGGCUGGUGCCCCUCUUCAAAGGCGUGGGUUACACGGUGGUGAUGAUUGCCUUCUACGUGGACUUCUACUACAACGUGAUCAUCGCCUGGGCGCUCUACUACCUGGUGGCGUCGUUCACCACUGAGCUGCCGUGGACCAACUGCAACAACUCGUGGAACACGGAGAACUGCCUCGAGCUGGCCUACGGGCAGCGACUGCUGAGGCUGCCCGCCAACGAGAGCUCUUCGUCCCUGGACGACGGCGUCGACGGCCGCGCCACAAACGCCACCGACGACCCGGACAAGGCGCUCGCCGUUGACGUCAGGGCCAACUACACAACGCCGGCCGAGGAGUACUUCACACGCCACCUGCUGCAGCUUCAGUACAGUUCGGGCAUCGACGACUUAGGUUCGAUCAAGUGGGACAUGGCGCUCUGCCUCCUCGCCGUCUACAUCAUCUGCUACUUCAGUCUUUGGAAAGGAAUCUCCACCUCCGGAAAGGUGGUGUGGUUCACGGCGCUGUUCCCGUACUGCGUGCUCUUCAUCCUGCUUAUCCGCGGCACCACUUUGCCCGGUGCGGCCCAGGGCAUCGCCUACUACCUCACGCCGGACUUCAGCGUGCUCGCAAACCCGAGGGUUUGGGUGGAUGCGGCCACUCAGGUAUUCUUCUCCCUGGGUCCCGGCUUCGGCGUCCUGCUGGCAUUUUCCAGCUAUAACGAAUUCCACAACAACGUCUACAGAGACGCGUUGCUGACGAGUGCGGUCAACAGUGCCACCAGCUUCCUGGCGGGCUUCGUCAUCUUCAGCGUGCUGGGCUACAUGGCUCACCGGGCGGACAUUCCCAUUGAGAAAGUGGCCACCGAAGGCCCCGGCCUGGUGUUCAUCGUGUAUCCUGAGGCGAUCGCCACCAUGCCUGGCUCCGCCUUCUGGGCGAUCAUCUUCUUCCUCAUGCUGCUUACGCUUGGGCUCGAUAGCUCGUUCGGCGGCUCGGAGGCGAUCAUCACGGGCUUUAGCGACGAGUAUCCCUUCGUGAAGAGGAACAGGGAGCUCUUCGUGGCCGCCCUGUUCACGCUCUACUUCAUCAUAGGACUCGCCAGCUGCACGCAGGGCGGCGUGUACGUGGUGAACAUGCUGGACCGCUACGCCGCCAGCUACUCCAUACUGAUCGCCGUAUUCUUCGAGGCAGUGGCUGUCUCUUGGAUCUAUGGGAUCAGAAGGUUCUCGGAGGACAUUAAGGAGAUGCUGGGCUUCCCCGUCGGCUUGUGGUGGAAGUUCUGCUGGGCCUUUGUGGCACCUUUCUUCAUACUGGUGAUCAUCGCCAGCGGCCUGGUGAACUACGAACGGCUGUCGUACAACGAGUACAAGUACCCGUGGAGCGCCGACGCUGUGGGAAUCUGCGUGGCAGCCUCGUCGGUGCUCUGCAUACCCGCGUUCGCCCUGUGGAACCUCAUCCGGACGCCUGGAACGCUGGCACAGCGGCUUCGGCUGUUAACCACGCCCUGGCGUGACCAGGAAUGCGACUUCAAGAAGGACGCCAGUGCCCUGGCGCCCAGUCCACCUCCGGUCAGCGUCUAGGGGGCGCACGCAGCGGCUGGGUCGAAUGCAGCGAAAAUGGAGACUCGGGAUUCUCGUCAACUCUGCCUCCUCCGGGGAAUCGUGACAAGCCGAGUACCGAUGUUCUCUUGGCCCCGUGCGCUUGUAUUUAUGUACACAUACUCAACGUAUACUCAACGUCCAGCAAGCUUCGGUGGCGUCGCUGAGGUUUGGAUGCGGUAUACACCAUUAUCUAUGUGCCUGCAUUAUACCACUUGCCACUUAACUCGAGAAAAAAAAAACAUUACACGUGUGUCACUGCUCUAUCACAGCAGGACAAAGCGGGAAGAUAAUGGACGAGAUAAGGCUGUUGUUAAUGUUGAGCCACGUUUGCUUACGGCUUGGCAGACAGCACUUGACAAAGAAAACUUGGGUCAAAGCCCUUGAAACCACUUUCCCUGUACGUGCGCGAUGGAAUUAUAGUGUUUCACGGUGGGAAACAGUGUACAAAAAAGAAAAGAACACUACGACUGACUGGAGGGCUGUAGCUGCGUAUUGGCUGUUAUUAUAUUUUCCUUAUCUUUUGAUUUUUCACGGCAGGCGUUACAAAAAACGAAAAAGGUUGAAAGAAAACCAGGAGUGUUUCGUGGACCAUAGGUCUGGGCCGACUAUGGUUAAAACGCGUGCGUUAUACUUAGCAUCCCUCUUACUUUCAUAUGUUGUACUUUCGAAGAAACCUACUCUGCCCUCCUUCAGCGAUAUAUACAUAUAUAAACGGCUGGACAGUGCCUCACAGGGCUACCAUGAAGCAACGCCAUGUCGGUGUGCAGUUGUGAGCAUUACAGUUUAAUACUCAAAAUUACCAAAGGGAAAUAUGCUGCUAACCUGCGUAUUUCGGCAAUGCAUCCAUUCAUCCACUAUGAAAUUGAUGUGCCGUACAUAUUCGUCUAAGCUUCGCACUUUUGACUUUUUACAACCGCCUGGCCUGCUGUGUUAGUCUCAUUUGCAAUCGUACAGAGAUAGAGAGACAGAUGGGAGGAAGGAAAGACAUAAAGGUUAAGUAGACUUCGUCCAGUUUGCUACCCUACACACGGGGAGGGAGAUGGGGGAGUGAUAGAGAGAGAGAGAUAGAGAGAGAUUGUAAAUUCUUACUGUGCUUAUGACCUACCUAAUUCAGGCUCUAAUUUCUACAAUCCUACUGCUUUUGUAACAUCAAAGAUAGAAAUAACUGUUUAACAUAUCGAAUAUGUUACUGCCCAAAUGUAAUCCAUACCUAGUGGCGGGCAUAUUUAAGAUUCUCGAAACUCUAUUAUUGACGCACAAGAAAUGUAUGAAGCUGCAUGCAGUGUGCUCUAUGAAGACAGCCGUGCUAAAUUGUGAGAAAAAAAAACAAACAAGAUCGACGUACUAGCCAUGACUUCUCUCGGUGGUUCAAUGAUUGUAGCGCCAGAUUUCCCUCUGUGGUAAUCUAAGUACGGGUGCGCAAGGGCCGUGUUUUCCUUUUUGCGUCCUUCUUCGCUUUCACGAUGUCCUUGUUGCAUUAGCAACGGUGACCAGUUAACACGCAAGCAACAUGCAUGCACGCGUGCACAUUGAACAUGAAAACGGAGGCUCUUUUGUUUUUGCCCCGAGCUUCGCGACAUCGACGUCGGGCAUUGCGCAGCGUUUCUAAUUUCCGACCGCGUGCGUGAGUGCUGGCGGCGAUAGGGCAACGUACAGCACAGCAUCAUCUCGCCGCGCAAAGUAUACGUAUAUUGAAUGAAUGCUGCCUCGCUUGUGCGUUUGCGGGUCCAGCCAUUAACCGCGUGCAAACUCGAAUGCAUACCUGGAGCGUCGAUGACGCACCAUUUUUUGACACCGUUAAGUGUGAUUGAAUGAAUGUGAAUUAUUGUGCUCGUUAACACUAGGAAUCGCAGUCGACGUGCGCACGGGUGGUGUCGUCCUCGGACAUCGUGUUAGAAGCACUCGGUUUCCUUGGCGACACAACAGACGAAAGUAUGAAAAGCCAUGCUUUAUAUAAAUGCAAUAUGUUGAGUACAAAUAUCCUUUGUGACGGCUAAACUGUGCAUGUAGUGCAGUGCUGCUCAGUGGCACGUACUUAUAUAUUUAAUACCGAUAAUGAAGGCGUUAUGGCGGAUCAGCCGUGGUGGACCAGUGACCACGGUGUUCUACUUCUGACCGUGUGGUAGCGGGUUCGAUCUCGGACGUGUUGCUAUGGAGACGGAAGGCAGAAACGCUCGUGUACCGAGCUCUCUGGUCAAAUCUACUCCAGAGUCUCUCGCAGCCCCUCUGUUGCGUUUGUACAUUCGAGCUUUCAUUUUGCGGCUCACCCCGCAAUUAAGGUUUCUAUGCACAGAAGGAACUAUCACUUUCAGAUAAACUAUUCAAACAGUCCAGCGGGGCGUAAUGUUUGUCUUAAGCGGGAAAGAGAUGCCACAUUCGGCUUUGUUUUAUUAGGCUACGGCAGUGAGAGAGUACGCUGCUAGUUCCACUAUAAACGCACAGCUUCGCUUCAAGUUUGUUGGAGCUAAAAGUGAUUGAGCGCUUACUGCAAUUCACUACUGCGUCACGCGCCACCGCUGACAUUCUACACGUCCAACACAGUGUUGCUAAUUCUCUAUCAGACUCUUUUAUUCUAUGUGUUCUUUUUUGAUUAACGAGAAAACUAGCAAAGAGCAGGUGUGACUGCAAGCAUACGCUUCAGCAUGCGUUCACGAAUAUGUAUCGAUGCCGUUCCGCUGUGAGAAGGUGGACACUUCCUUUUCUUUCGCAGAGGGAGCCUGAGUUCUCCCGUGACAGUGGCUAGCACGGGCAGACUUGGCAUGUCUCGGUAUAGAAACAGCCAAGGAUUCUUUUUUUCUCUGAUUUUAUCUGUCGAAAAAGGCCACCAGAUGCGUGUUUGUCCAUAUUAGGUGUCAGCGAAGGAAUGUCUUAGAUGUAGACAUAUAUUUCAUGUAGUGUAGGUAUGCGUGAAGCUGUAUUUUCGUAUAGGGUGCCAUGUUUCUGGAGAACUAACGUCCUAUUUGAACAUUAUUUUUUACUCUUUUCUAGUCAGUGUGUCAAAUGACUUGGCACACAACUGAAGCACGUACGAUGUCAUUUACCAUGUUUUGAAGACAUGUCAAUUAUACGGGUGUCAUGUGUCGGUGUCAUCUGUUUUCCUUUAAUUUUGUAUGCAUGAAACUUGAACGUAAACUGGAAACUGCCUACAUGCGUGCAUGGAUGGCGGUUUCGUUUUGUAACGUGCAGUAUUCCUAAUGCUUAAUGCAUGCGCUUAUUAAACCAAACACAGACUAGAAGCCUACCACUGACUAGCCUACCACAGCCAACGUUUUGGUUUACAUACAGCAAGCAGGUAGCUGAAUGUUGUUGCUCGCUACAAACAUCGAGGACAUCGAAACCGAUGUACGAGUUGCAACGGUUUCAUAGCGGUGGGGAAAAUGUAUAUAUGCCUUGGCGUAUUUCGUUGAGACACUUACUUGGUUGUUUAUAUCAAAACAGAAAAUGAAAGAGAUAAGAAAAGGAGAGAGAGAGAGAGAACUUCAUGUAGUCGCCUGCAGAACGACACCAUGACUAAAUGGCGCCGUGACGCGGGCCCUGACGUCUUCUCAGCGGGUGGUCUCUACUCAACUCCAGCGCGUGUCAUUCCCGCGGUUGGUCGUCCUGUGGGGCAACGUUCCGUCGGUUUCGCUCGGCCUUUGUCUUUCAAGAGCCGCCGAGACCUGCUGGACGGCCCAGGUUUGGCUUUGUUGUACUUGUCGUUGUACAAUCGUUGUACUUGUCGAAGCCUCAUUGGGGAACUUGGUGCAAUCCCAUAGGAUGUGCGUCAGGGUGGCCCUCUCCCGCUGGCACACGCGGCACACAUCACUCACAUGUAAUUUAGGGUAUAGAUAAGUCAUUAAUACUGGGGUGGGUAAAGAACCAGUUUGCAAUUGUCUGAACAGCACCACCUCCGCUCGGCUCAGCCCCGGGUGUGGGGGUGGGAAAGUCCUCCGAGCCAGGCGGUGGAACUGGGUAAGUUCGUUGAAAGAAGAAAGUUUCUCUAGGAGCAGACCGAGAUUAUCAUGUGUUUCGUUACGCGAUAACUAUACCUGGAGGCGUAUAGAGAUGUAUACGCGCACGAAAAGCAGGAAGGCAGACACACACACAGCGCUGGUACGUAGUACAUUCGUAGUUACCGCCAUUAAAGGAUUCGGGUGCGUCACACGCCACACAACAUUACAGCAGAUCAUGCCAGACGCGUUCGUGUCGAUGAACCAUCAUUCGCACAACGGUAUAAAUGCGAAACUCAGUACGUAUGGCACCACCACGAACCCCUGCACGUCCGUUUGAGACAUCGGUUGCAGGUUGCAGCACUGUGCAAGCUAGAGAUCUCGAGUCUUUAGCAGUGGGUGCGUUCGAACUUAAACAUACUUGGAUGUUUUACAGGGAAGCUGUUAGCCUCUGGUCGGUCGGGAUUUUUCGUGUCAGUAAGAAAAAAAAAUUGAACCGAAAAAAAAAAUGCAUAUCUGCCUGACUCUGCAGACUCCCGGAGAGCAGCGUGAACACGAUGAGCGUCGAAUAGUGCAAAAUCGCAAUGCUCAGCAAUGGUGUCGUGCUAAGACUAGGCAGAACAAUAAAACAUUUCACAUCGAAAUCGAAAUGCGUAAUUGACUAAUGAACAAAAAUUCAGUGAUUAAGUUACAACUAAUUACCUUAUAGCGCAUAGUGCAAUUCACAAAUUGUAGCCUGGGAGUUCGCAAGGUAGAUCCAACUGAAACAAAUUAUUAUGAUGACACUACUUCCGAAAUAUUAAUUCCCGAACUUUGCAAAAGAAUACAUACAUAAAACGGCGUUUCUUUUUUUAAAAAGUAAGUGGAACGAAGUGAAUCUUUACAGCAAGUUUGAUGGCACAUAUCUCGAACGUUUAGUCAUCCUCAAAAUGCUUGUUUAGUAAUUAUGCCUUGCAGUCUCGCGAGCGACAAUUUGUAAAUUGCAGUAUGUGACGUAACGUAACUAGUUCAAAGUUUAAUUAGUAGAUUUUUUGUUGAUUAGUAGCCUAUGCCGUUCGAGUUCCCGUGCAAGUGAUGGCCGCCUCUUCGAUUAGACCAGCUCGAGAACUUGUAUCGGGCUAUCUGCCACAGGGGAUUUUUUAAACAUUACCUAAAAUCUUCGCAGAAAGAGCUGAUAUAUGUUUGUGUGGCCAUCCUUACGGUCAGCUCAGCAGCCGUGUCUCAUUUUUGUUCGGGACAGCGGUACUUGGUUGCGUUUAAAAUCCAAAUUGCACAACUCCGUUGAGAAAAGGGGAACCGUGAUUUCGUCCUAUCAUCAUGUGUGGUGAAGCAUAGAGUGAACCAUCGUCACGCUGGAAUAGGUGCAAUAACAUUUCGUCGGUACGACGUACUGGUUAUUGCUUGUCUGUUGGUUUAUGCCAGAAAGCAUAUAACGUAUUUCAUUGGUUCCUUUCGCUCAGUGUAAACUCGCAGUUUAUCGUCAAACUUACCUUCGUUCAUCACCAAAAUAAACGCGCCUGGUUCUUCUGUCGUCAUUAUGUAUUUGUUAGUUAUGCACAAGCCUUAGGUUGGUAAGACCGUUAUUUUUUCUCAACGCGUAGCUUAGCCGGAAAUGAUUCAGCUUGACCAAAAUAUAACUCAUCCGUUCACCCUAGUAAGCAGCAGCAAGUCGAUUUAUUUUCUGCGAGUUUUAUUUCUCUGCCGUCGCGGACGCUCCCUCGGUACUCGAGAGCACAAGCGUGCCACUGGAUCCUCCUGUUCCUCGUGACUGCGCUUGCCUUAGGCCAAUAUCGUGUCGCCUUCUUUUCCCUGCUCUCCCGGCUUAGCAGUAAUAAGCCCGCGCUUGGUGCGAGGCCGCGGAAACAAUGUUGUCUCUCAUUACUUUUGAGGUGCAGACGGACCCUCAGUUUUGUUCGUCGUUAUCUGCUCUCAUCAGACAAAAGAGAGGAGCCUUAUCACACUUCGUAUGAGACAUUUGACGCGGGAAAAAACUCUUUGAGGGUGCCACCUACCCGCCUCUCGUAUCUCUCCCUCCCUCUUUUUUGUUCUUCUUCAGGCGCCUCUCUCUCUCUCGCCCUCGCGUCCAUGACGUCGCUCAUUCUCGCUUUCUCUUUCGCACGCCUGCUCGCCAAUGCAUCACUCGCCGCUUCACAGCUGGGCGGCACGGACUGAGCC